GCUGUGUGGAUUAACAGUGCGGGAGAGGCGACCUGCGAGGAGGACCGAGGAUCAGCGGGACUGGACCGUUAAGCUUCGGUGUGAGAGUCACGGGGCGGCAGCUUUACCGGGACGUUCCCUGCUCUCCGGUUCCGCUCUGUUCUGUUUCUGUUCUGCUCUGCUUUUUUUUUCUGUUUUCCCCCUCUUCUCCUUUACUCUCGACUGCAGAGGAGACGCACAGAGUUAACAGAGGCUGAGAGACGAGAACAGAGAGGGAGAGAGAGAGAGAAUCCAAACAUUAAUUAUUGAAGGUCCAGCGGAAGUAACCAACCAGGAAAGGUACUGAUGUGGAUUGUUUAAUAACCAAGAAACUCUGCUUCACCCUCUGGAUUUAAAUGAGAAUUAUGGAAUAACUGCACUUUCCCACCCUUUCACCCGGGAUAUUUUCAAUCUUGCGGUGGAAUUCUUCUUGUUUCACCUGCCGGAGGUGAAAGGAGGAGGAGAAGGAAGGAGGAAGAGGUGAGGCGAAAGAACAAGAAAAAAGAAGGGGAGAGAGAGAGAGAGAGUGGAGGAAGGAGAAAGAAACGGCUUGGUGAGCUAGGAGAAUCGUUCCAGCGUUUUUUCCUCCCUCUCGGAUGGGAUUGUUCUCCCAGCAGGCGGAUGGAGGGAUGAAACCGGGAGCGAAGAAGACGGGGGAGAGUGAGAAAGAGAGAGGAGGGGAAAAAAGAGGAGGAUGUAGUCGUCGGGCGCUGUGAGAAUGCAAAGCGGACGCACCCCUCUGGAAGACAGGAUUGAACUAUAAACCCAAACGGAAUUUACAGCUACCCAAAAGGAUAUUACACACAUUUACCUCGACACGCACAUACAUGGGGCAUAUUGUCUUGUGUGGAAUCUACCUGUGUGGAGUUACAACUAUCACCACCACCGUCUUUGAAAUAAUGGGAUUUGGAGAGAUAAUUGCGCCCUGACACUCGGUGAACCAAGGAAACAUAUACGGAAAGAGCUCCACAGCUGGCAGACAGUCACCGAGGAGGGCGGGCCCUACAGUACUACGAUGAGUGAGAAAAAACCUGCAAGAAGAUUUUAGACCUGCAUCCUCAUCCAUGAUGUUGUGGCCGUGGUAACAUGUGAAUCCUGAAGCAGAGUGUAAUUUGCGUUCACAUCUCUCAAGGUGUUGUAUCCAGGUAGGGGUGGUAACCAUGGAGAGGCUGUUGCUGUGUGUGAUGCUGGCAGUUGCCAUGGCAGUGCGGGCACAGAUCUGCCCGAAGCGCUGCGUAUGUCAGAUCCUGUCACCCAACCUGGCAACCCUCUGUGCCAAGAAAGGUCUGCUGUUUGUACCUCCCAACAUUGACAGGCAUACAGUGGAGCUGCGGCUGGCUGACAACUUUGUCACAAGUGUAAAAAGGAAAGAUUUUGCAAACAUGACACGGCUGGUGGAUCUAACAUUGUCCAGAAACACCAUCUCCUACAUCACACCUCAUGCCUUUGCUGAUUUGGAAAACCUCAGAGCCCUACACCUCAACAGCAACCGGCUCACGAGGAUAGGCAACGAUACAUUCAGCGGGAUGUCGAAGCUUCACCACCUGAUUCUGAACAACAACCAGCUGUUCCUUAUCCACCAGGGAGCAUUCAAUGACCUGCUGGCGCUGGAAGAAUUGGACCUCAGUUACAAUAACCUAGACUCUAUUCCAUGGGAGGCCAUUCAGAGAAUGACGAGUCUCCACACAUUGAGUUUAGACCACAACAUGUUGGACUUCAUUCCAGAGGGAACCUUCUCCCUUCUACAGAAACUCAACCGACUGGAUGUCACAUCGAAUAAACUCCAAAAGCUGCCUCCAGACCCACUCUUUCAACGAGCGCAGGUUUUAGCCACGUCAGGAGUCUUGACCUCCUCUUCUUUUGCGCUGUCAUUCGGUGGGAACCCUCUCCACUGUAACUGUGAGUUACUCUGGCUGCGAAGGCUAAACAGAGAGGAUGACCUAGAGACAUGUGCCACGCCUCAGCACCUUUCUGGCCGAUACUUCUGGUCCAUCCCUGAAGAGGAGUUUCUCUGCGAGCCUCCACUCAUCACCAGAUACUCCCACGAGAUGAGGGUCCUGGAAGGGCAGAGAGUUGCGCUCAGAUGUAAGGCAAGAGGGGACCCAGAGCCAGCCAUCCACUGGAUCUCUCCUGAGGGCAAACUGGUGUCUAAUUCCUCCAGAACGUUGGUCUACAACAACGGUACCCUGGACAUCCUCAUCAGUACUGUGAAAGACACUGGCUCCUUCACCUGUAUCUCCUCCAACCCUGCCGGUGAAGCCCACCAAACAGUAGACCUGGUGAUCAUAAAACUCCCUCACAUCUCCAACAACACCAACAACAUCCAAGAGCCCGACCCGGGAUCGUCUGACAUUUCCACGUCGACCCGAGGCGGUGCCAACGGGAGCAACGUGACCGGUGACGUGAAGGGUGGGGUGGAUAAGAGGGUGGUGACAGCAGAGGCCACAUCAUCAACUGCACUGAUCAAGUUCAACUUCCAGAGGAAUAUACCAGGCAUCAGGAUGUUCCAGAUACAGUACAACGGAACCCAGGAUGACUCGCUGGUUUACAGAAUGAUCCCGCCAUCGAGCAAGAACUUUCUGGUCAAUAACCUGGCAGCAGGGACCCAGUACGACUUGUGUGUUCUGGCCAUCUACGAUGAUGUCAUCACCUCUCUGACAGCGACGCGAGUGGUCGGCUGUGUGCAGUUCACCACCGAGUCAGAGUACAUGAGAUGUCACUUCAUGCAGUCUCAGUUCCUCGGUGGAACUAUGAUCAUCAUCAUCGGAGGGAUAAUAGUGGCCUCAGUGCUCGUUUUCAUCAUCAUCCUGAUGAUACGGUACAAGGUGUGUAACCCUGGUGAGGGCGGCAAAGGUGUCUCAAUGUCGAUGACCAACGUUCACUCGCAGACCAAUGGGCAGCAGUCGCAGGGUUGCACCGUGACUCCCAGUGCCUCUAAACACGGCUCAAUCGGAUUAGACGACCUCUCAGGAGGCACAAAAAAAAGGAGCGGGGCAACAGCAGCAGGAGGUGGGGGAAAGGAUACGAUGACUCAGUCGUCUGAGUCCUCCCUGCCCGACUGCUCCACGGCUACGUCGGUUCUCAGUCAGGCUUGGGCAGCAAGGAGCCCGACGGCUGAAGCCAAGGAACGGGAGAAAGUGGGCGAAGAGAGAGCUCAAAUCGCCAUCGCCUCACCCACCAACACCACCGGUUCCCUGCACAAGCCAAAGCGGAAGCCCGCUCCGAGCAAGCCCGGCUCGGCCUGCUCCAGCACCACAGCGAUGGCCGAGAACCUGGCCUCCUCCUCCCCUCGCCCCCCAUCAUGCUCCUCCUCCUCCAACGCCUCCUCAGCCCUCCUCCCCACCUCCUCCCCCAUCCCCCUAGAGAACCUCAACACAAACCGCAACAACUCCACCUCUCUCAACCAAACCCCGCCUCCCACCUUUGCCCCUUCCCCUUUCUCCAGCCUGCUCAGCACGCCAAGCCCGGUCCCGUCGGUUCGCUACAGAGAGACGCCCAUCCUGCGCCGGGCUCCUCGCGCCGCUUCCUCCUCCUCCUCCUCUGCCAAGUACCAGACUCUCCCCGUGGAGGAGGGAGGGAGGAGCAGGGCGAGGAGGAGGUACUCGCUCAGUGAAGGAGGCUCAAAGACUCCCUCGUCCCAUCAGGGAGGAGGAGGUGGACCCAAAAUAGGGCGCAUAAUGCGGAACAAAAGGAGCCAAUCAAUGAGCGGGAUGCUGCUCCCUAAAGACGGGGAUGGAGACUCGGACAAAGGGCGGUGUGAUUCUGACUGGAUCUUAGAAAGCACUGUUUGAACUGGAACAAGGCAGCGAUCAUGAAAUAAACUUUGGUUUAUUCAUUAUUGUUUAUCCUUCGUGUGAGUGUAUGUCUGCAGUGUGAGUGUUAGUUUGAAAUUGUUUAUAGGUGAAUGAAUGAAGGUGAAGGCCUGUGUGUGUUGUUACUGUUUAGAAUGUGUGUUUUCAUGUUUGAAUUUUGUCUAUAGAGGAUGGUUGAGUGUUUCUGGAUGAACGUGUGAGCAUACUGUUUCUUUUUCAGCCUAUGUUUUUUUAAUUAUUCUUUUCAUAACUUCUCUCCACAGUUCUUUGUAUUCAGUUUACAAUUUGUUUUGUCCACUUCGACGGUAUUUGUUUUUUGCAAUCGGUCAUUCAGCGAGUGGAUAACUUGCCUUGUCUCGUAGUGUCCUCGAGUUGUCUCGUUGGUUCCACUUUAUAGCACAAAAGAAAAAAACAAGACAAUGGGCUCGCCACGUCAUUCCCCAGUUCACACUCACCUCAUCUGAAAACACCGCAAAAAGGAAAUAAAUACAGGAAAAAAGAGGAAUACAAGAAAACUUUACAAAAACAAGAAAAGCACACCAUUGUUAACGUUCACAUGCUCACAGAGAGCUUGCAUCCAUAUCGUGGCAAGAGAAAAGCAGUCGGUGCCUUCUUUUGCACUAACAGACCGUCACUAACCGAUACUAUGACCAGAUCUAUGACUCCACCACCGCUCCACGGAUGAGGAAUUGGGACGGAGGGGACGAUUGAAGGAAGAGAGAGAUUUCACACAUAGCCUUUCUUACCUACUGCGGACUACAGACCUUUUCUUGACAUAUAGAGACAAAAUGUAACAAACAGAUGAAGACUUUAACGGACCUCUUAUGAAAUUGAUAUUUUUUAAAGGGAAGAAUAAAAAAAAAAAACUAAACAAAAAAUAACGAGAACCUUGUGAGCUUUUCACUGACAUUGGUAUACCACAGCCUGUGUUGGUCACAAGCUCCCAGAAAGCUUAUGUACAGAAAAAGACAACAUGUACUGUGUUGUUUUGUUGUGUAAAAUAAAAAGGGAUAAAAUGAAAACUGGAAACUGGAGUGUGUUUUAUAGGCAUGUACAGAAUGUCCAAAAUAUCUUACAGCAACGUUCACGGCAUCGUUUUCCGCAUCACUGCAUUAUUUUCGUUGGGUAAAAACUUCAAAUUAGAAAUGACAUGUUGCGUUUCUUAAUUAAGUCACAUUUUCCGCUGUAAUUUGAUGCAUCGGUAUUUAGCUAAAAACCCGAGGCUUAGUUGCAUACAUACCCACACACACAGACACACACACAUUGUCUGGCUGUUUAUUUAGAGCACAGCUCGUUUGCAAACCUCCCACUUUCUCCUGAUUGCACUCAAUAGAGUUUCACAGUUAAGUAUAAAAAAAAUGCUCCCAGUGAGGCUUUGACAAUUUGCUAAUGACUAAGACUCAUAUAUGUUGUUGUUGAGUGCUUACAAAAUUAACCAUUGCUUGACAUUCGCUGAAAGUGUAACUCAUUAGCUAUGAAAAUUGAUAUUGAAACCAAGGAAUAUGCUUCAGCUUUUCAGGAACACCAAUGAUAAUAAUAAAAAGCAAAGGUUUCAGGAAAACAUGUCAAGUUACACAUCUAGACAGAAGAGGGGACGUGGCUUCUGCUCUCUAUACUGUAUGCUCAGCCUCUUAUACAGCACUCUUGUAAAGUAACAGGUACUUGCUACAAAACAAGAGCUGAUACUCACUCCACUUAAAGGAAAGCGGCUGUUGUGGAUAUGUGAAUGGUGCAUCGCAUUCACAAAAAUGUAUUAAAAAAAAAAAAAAAAAAAACCCAAACAAGCUUGCUGGCACUAAGUGGCACUAAAAAUAAGUCUGAGUUUUGUUAAACUACCUCCCUCUUGUUUUUAGAUCACAUACAUACACCUGUCAUUUUCGCCUGAUCUCUAUCAUUGCAUCACAUUUCUUCAUCUGCAGCCUCUUUGCAAUCUGAAAAAUUCUGGAAGAUAGCCCAACUCUUCAACUAUACAAGCCAUCUCAGAUGCAUUUUACCUGCCUAUUUAAUUAAAAAAUCAUCUAAAAGUCUUAAAAUAUUGCUGCCAAUUACUGUCCCAUAAGUCUGUAAUGUAUUAUCUUGUUAUUAUGAAAUCUUUUUUCUCAUAGUUAAAAGGUAGAAAAGUCAUAAAUAUGAGAUACAGAAGUUGUAGCAAGAUGACUACAAGGAAAAGGCCUGCAAAU